GAAAAACGUGAGCUCCAGGGGCACCAGGGGGCACCCGGUCCCGGGGGAGCACGCCUGGAAGCUCUGAGUAGUUAAGGCUCGGCACCGCUUUCCUUGACCAAAUUUCUUCGGCCGCUUCGCCAGAGCAUGUGCCGGUGCAAAGAGCGUAACCAACCCACCUGCAACCAGGUCCAUGUUUAUGAAGAUACACACCAUUGCUCGACGCAGGCUCACACACCGGCUGUGUCUGUAUUCAUUUCCGGAGAACCUAAAGCUAUAUGAGGCCGACCUGUUUUCUGCUCACACCCUAGCAACGGCCAGAUCUACGUUCCGACCUCACGUCGUUCCCCCACUUCGACAGACAUUAUCUCAAACCCAAGGGACAACCUGCGACCUUCCUUCUCCAAGGUCACGCGAGCAGCCAAGAUCCCUACCCUUUCAGCUGUCUACAACGGUGCACUGCCUGUAGAGUAUGGCUUCAAUUCCGCGAGCCAACGGGGUGCAAUCACCCGCUGUGGGUGUUGGACCUUCUUAUCGUCCAGAAGAGGAGAAACCUACCGCCACUGUCUCGAAAAGCGUCCAGCAAGAAAAUGUCCACGUCUUGCCUCAGACUCCUCAGCUGAUUGCUCUUUUGACCAUGAUCCGAGACAAGAACACACAGCGAGCAGAUUUCAUCUUCUACUCCAAUCGAAUCAUUCGUCUCCUGGUCGAGGAAGGCCUCAACCAUCUUCCUGUUGUUACACAUACCGUCACAUCUCCCGUUGGCAAGGACUAUGUCGGGGUAAAAUUUGAAGGAAAAAUAUGUGGUGUUUCUAUUAUGCGAGCAGGAGAGUCAAUGGAGCAGGGGUUGAGAGAAUGUUGCCGUUCGGUGAGGAUAGGCAAAAUCCUGAUCCAGCGCAACGAGGAAACCAGCAAACCAAAACUUUUCUAUGACAAGCUGCCCCCGGACGUUCACAAUCGAUGGGUACUGCUCCUAGACCCCAUGUUGGCCACUGGUGGGAGCGCAAUCAUGGCCGUCGAGGUUCUAAAGAGCAAAGGCGUCCCAGAAGAACGCAUUUUGUUCUUGAACCUGAUUGCCAGCCCUGAAGGUAUCGAGAACUUUGCCAAAAAGGUGCCCAGAGUGAGAGUUAUCACGGCUUUUGUGGACCAAGGUCUCAAUGAGCAAAACUAUAUCGUCCCCGGCCUCGGUGAUUUCGGUGACCGCUUCUACACACUGUGACGAACAAUUCGGAAAGCGUCUGGUGUCCAACUUUGUUCUUGAUCACCUGGUUUGAACCACUUCACUUACGGUCUGGGAAAGUCUUUGGGGGGAUGGGCUCCCUUCCUUGCGAGCGGGCCACAAGAACGGCCCAUGAACAACUUGUAGAGGUGGAAGGCGGAUCCCGAGAGCUCAGCAACGAUACAAGACCCUGAACAAGCCCAAGUGUUCCCUCAGCGCGUGGAUUAUGAAUUCGAGCAUAGAAACAUCUCGAAUUGGACGAGGCGGGCGACCAUACAUCGUUGAGCCUUGGAUGCUCGGGGAAUGGAUGACGAGAGGAGCAACAUUUUGUGAAAGAAGUCAAUGAGCUUUACAAACACUCCAUCUCCCAGUCUCUGCUUUGCUCCGAUAUUUGCAUAUGGUCCAGCGUUUGUUGAAUCCUCGGAUCCUGGAAAGCCGUUGAUGUACGCCUCCAUUUGCGAUUCUCUCAAAACGCCCUGUUUGUAGCCGGCUGUUGAAAGCCGUGUCUGUCGUACAAUUCCUGGAGCCACGCAUCCAUUACCAUCUUUUAUGCUCCAUCCCUCUAUACUUUUUUUGGUUUUCCAAAUUAGCUCCGAUGCGUUUUUAUAGCCGUCCGUUUCCGUAGACCCAACUCAUAAUGUAGACACGAAGAG